AUGGCCGAAGGAGAACCUUCCUAUAUUGAUUAUGAAGCCUUCCUUGACCCCGACUUCUCACCUGCCGGCUUCGCCAACACGCUCGUGCAAAGCACCAAUAAUGCCACAGAUACGCCAUUGGAUCUGUCGACACCAUUGUCAAGGGUACUUUUCGAUCUCCAGGAGAUCGAUACGCACAUCCACGCCCUGACAACAAAGUCCGCGUUGCCAUUGCUAUCACAUACACAAACCCAAACGGCCGCCGGCGAACGUAUCUUGAAGGAAUCGGGAACGCAGAUCGCAUCGGUGACCCAAGGAUAUGAGCGGCUACAAAAGGAGGUCUUACAGAAAUGGAAGACUGCUGACGAUGCGCGAAUUGCUGCGGAGAAUUCACUGGCGACGGUUCGGCUGGCACGGGCUGUUGCACGCUGCUUGGCGCUAGGGCGACAACUGGAGAGUCAAGUGGCUGAAAUCACUGGCCGGCCAGGAGCAGGACAAAAUCAAAUCGGAGGUGCUGACGAGAUGCAAACAGGGAAAGAGGGAUUCCGAGCGUUGGAACGGGCUGCGAAUACCAUCCUAAACCUGCGACAAAUGUUCUCGGCUUCAGACGAAAACGAUGAAGGCUACGGUUUAGAGCGAGUCAGGGUUAUGCGCACAUUGCGCAACGAAUUUGUGAUCCCAGCCGAAAAUAUGGUGAAAUCAAGAGCGCAACAGGCCAUCAACCGGUUUACGAUUUCGACUUCGGCUUCCAAUGGUCACUCCGUGCCAUUGAGUUACAAGCAAGUUCGAGAUGCACGAGCACGCCUAUCGACGGCUGCUAGUACACUUUAUCUCCUGUCUCCGCUGCCUAGGGAAAGCAUCACAGCCUCCACAUACAAACCAGAGCUUCUGCUUUCAACUCUUCAAGGGUACAUGCAAACCGCUAUCAUGACAUCUGUGAAUUCCUUGGCCAGGGCGUUGUCACAACUUCCCACCAUGGACCGCACGCUCGGCGAGGUCUCCGCACGAUGUCAGGACAUCGUCGCGCUUGAGUCUAUCCUGAGAAUCCUUCAGCCACCCCAUCAUCCUUUCCUGAACUUUGCCGCCACUGCCGAUCAAUCCCCUUCGAACCUAGAGAGCGAGAUGGAAGCUACGAAGACCAACCUUCUCCAACCCCUUCUCCAAGCAUUGGACACCUCGUCCUUACCGUCCUAUUACUGGCGCUCAGUGGCUUCUGCUCUCACCUCACGUGUGCAGGAGAUCCUCAAUCGCGGCGGCGUAUCUGCUCGCACACUCCGGUCGAAUCGGGACCGACUUAAAAUGGAGAUUAGAGAAUGCGUGAUGCGCGCAUCCCAUGUGUCUACCACCAGUCUCUUGGCCGAGAAGGGCCGGUCUGGACCGGACACCGUCAGCGUGGGUAAUUGGGAACGGGAAGCCGCGGUAAUGGUGAGCUCUGUUGUCGGACCCAUUGGCCGGUGA